UUUGUCCACCCCCAAGCGAUCUCUACUACUUACCUUAGCUUCCAACAAUCCUCUCAUUUCCAAUCAAUUAUUUUCAAAUUUAAGAUGGAUAAAACACAUCAACAAUCAAAUAAAAAUAGAAGAAAAACAACACCAGAAGUAAAUACUUCAAUUAUUAGAAAUUUACAACCUUCUAUUGCUUUAUUAAAUCAAUGGACACCUGAAGAUGAUAUUGCUUUAAUUGCUGCUGUGACACACGUUGCUGAUCUCUGGAUUGUGUAUACUCAAAUGCGUUUUUCUCGUCGUUAUACGCUUGAACAAGUUAGUUUUUGA